AUGACGGCCCGCGUCGACCGCAUUCGCCAUGGCGGCCCUGCCAACAAGUCUGGAUACACAUUCUACCCCGUCCUCAUCAUCGGGGCCGGCGAGUCUGGCAUUGCAAUGGGCUGCAGGCUACGACAGGGGCUCGGGUUCGAUCAGUUCCGCAUCUUUGAGCGCAGGUCUGCGCUGGGGGGGACAUGGCAUACCAACCAGUAUCCUGGCAUUGCUUGCGACGUCCCGGCCAUCAUGUACUCGUUUUCCUUCGCCCAGAAUCCCCACUGGACAUCGCUGUUGCCUUCCGGACCCGAGAUCAUCCAAUACCUCUACGACGUGUGCGAGAAGUUCGAGAUCCUGGACAAGAUCCAAUUCGACACGUCGGUCAGGGGAUUGCGUUGGCUGGACGACGUCGAGGAGUGGGAAGUCCUGCUCGACCACCUCGCGCCGGGCAUAGGCGACUUGUCGACCCGUGAAAGGGAGGCGCUGGAGAAAGAGAACGGACCAAACUCAAAGACGGUCUUGCGCACAGAGAUUGUCCGUGCAAAGGUCGUCUGCAGCGCGGUUGGCGGCCUGGUCGAGCCGAAACCACCCCUCGAAGUCCCCGGCAUUGACACCUUCGAGGGCGAAAUCGUCCACACGGCGCGCUGGAAACCCGACCUGGAUGUCAGGGGCAAAGACGUGAUUGUCAUCGGCACCGGCUGUUCGGCGGGGCAAGUCGUGCCUCAACUCGUCAAGCCCGAAUACGGCGCCAAACACAUCACUCAGCUGAUGCGCUCACCCCCCUGGGCAGUGCAAUUCCUUCCUCCCGCUGCCAAAGAGUUUUGGAAGAAAUGGAUCCCCCUCCUGUCCACGCAUGUCCCGGGCUUCCAAAACGGACUGCGCAAGUUGAUGUUCGCCAUGAGCGAGCUUGAAUUCGUCGAACUGUUCACGCCCAGCGAAGCCGCCAGGCAGAGACGGAAGAAGAAGGCCGCAGAGCUCCUGGCAUACCUCCACAAGACCGUCCCGGAGGAGUAUCACGAGAUCAUGACGCCGGACUACGAAGUAUUUUGCAAGAGACGAGUCGUGGACGAAGGGUGGUAUCAAUCCCUAUCCCUGCCGAACGUCGAAAUCACCACGCUUCCUUUAACGUCCAUCCAGCCACGCUCGGUGACUCUGGGACCGGGUCGACUGUACCCGCCCAUGUCCAAGACCGAUUCCAAGGCACCGACCGAACAGCGCACGGUGCCAGCGGACGUGAUCAUCAUGGCCAACGGCUACGAGACAAACCAGUGGCUCCACCCCUUGGACGUCACGGGCCGCAACGGCCGGUCUCUGUACAAGACGUGGGACGAACGGGGCGGCGCACAAGCAUACCUGGGCACCGCGAUGGACGGGUUUCCCAACUUCUUCAUGAUCUUCGGCCCCAACACGGCGACGGGCCACAGCUCAGUGAUCCUGGCGAGCGAGAACAUGGUCAACUAUGCGCUGAAGUUCAUCGGGCCUAUCCUCAAGGGUGACGUCGAAACGGCGGAGGUGAAAGAGAGCGCCGAGCGCAAAUGGACCGCCGACCUACAGCGCGAACUCCAAAAGAGCGUCUUCAUGUCCGGCGGCUGCAGGAACUGGUACACCGACGCCGCCUCCAACUGGAACGCCACCGUCUACCCGCGCACACAGGUCGACUUCACCAUCCGCUGCAUGUUCCCCGUCUGGCGCCACUGGGACCUCAAGUACACGCCCAAAGGGACCGCUAAGCUGGCCGCCGCGCGCGCCCUGCGGGUUUUUGGUCUCGUCGGCCUGCUUUGGAGCAUCGUCUUCGUCAGGAAGCACGGCUUGCAGAAAACCCGCCUCAUCCUCGCCGAGGCGCUCAAGAGGGGUCUGGAAGGGAUCCGGGGCUUGGUGUUUUAA